ACAGUGGUGAAGAAAAAAAAGAAAAGAAAAACAAUAAAACAAGAGGCAAUCUGCUUCUCUCACUGUCUCUAUGCACUAGAGGUAGAGGAGCAAUUAAGCCUCGUGUUGUGAUUGGUUGGCUGGUUGGUUAGUUGGCGCUUUUAUCGUGGUGCCUGUUGGCAUGCCUGAACCUGAAGAGUAUAAAUUGACUCCUGGUAGUUUUGCCAUUGGUAGAUACAGCCCUUGACUCUGCUGCCUCUUCAGUUCAGAUUGAUCUUGUCAGAUGGAGCUGGACACUGAUCCUACCAAGCUGAAGGCCAAGCCCAUCAUCAAACCAAAAGUAGAACCCUGCGACGACGAUGACGAGUUGCCGCCGCCGCCGCCGCCGGCUUCAGGAUCCGGCGAGGAUUGGGAGGCCACCACCCCUCUCGCCGCCGGCAACCCCUUCUUCACCGCCCUCAUCGCCAAGUCUCAUCUCCACCCCAAGUUCCAGAUGUGGAUUCCACCUCGGUUCCAGCAUCGGCUGGCGGAGCCGGAGGCGCGCACGGCGGCGGUGCUCCACUCCGGCGGCAAGUCGUGGGCGACGAGCUACUGCGGCCACCUCAAGAUGAAGAAGCUGGACGCGGGAUGGUCGGAGUUCGCGGUGGACAACCGGCUCCUGGUCGGGGACGCCUGCGUCUUCGAGCUCGUCGCCAUGGGCGCCGCCGGAGGUCUGGAGUUCCAGGUGCAGAUACUCCGCGGCGGCCUGCCGGCGGAGGUCGUCACCUCCAAGGGCCUCACCUCCGACCAACCCAUCCUCAUCGUCGACUAGCUUAGCUAUCGAUCUAGCCACAGUACUAAAUCAUCAAACUCCACUAUUAAUUCCACUGUCACUAGCUCGAUCGGUAAUUAAAGGCAAGGAGCUUUAAUUUGGUGUCAAGCAAAAAUUUAUCCAACCAACUUAUGUAUGAUGUACUGCAGCAGCUGCAAUGGCUACUGUAGGGAUUGUAGUUUGCUACUAUAUCUGUUUGCAGGACGGAUCCAGGAACAAAAAAAUAAUUAGGGGGACUCAAUUACGCAAUUUCUUCAACCUCCAGCCAUUUAGGAA